AUUCAGUUUAUGAUUUAAUCUUUAGUAAGCAACUGAUCAAGACCUAACUAGAAAUUAAUAUAAAUUACAUUUGUCUUUUUAGUGUUAAGUGAAAAUGAAAAUGUUGUUUGGAACUAUUUUCCAUGUAGUGAUUAUCUGCAUUGUCUUCGAUCUUAAUUAUACUGUAGCAGAUUUCAAUGUCCAUUUCGGGAUAGAACACGAGUCAAAUAGUAAUGUGGAGAGUUCUUACAAAAAUUGUCCAAAGAAUAUGAAACUAUUCGCGGAAGAGAAUGAAUAUGGGCAUGAAGAAUUUUGUGACUGUGAAGAUAAUCUAUUAUAUAAUCCUGAAGAUGGAAAUUGUUACGAUCCUUAUAGAAAAGGACCUUGUUGGAAUGGAUAUUAUUUUGCACUUCUGCCUGGUGAAAUAAGUGCAAAAUGUAUAAAAAAUCCUUGUCACAUUGAUGGUCUUGUUCCUUAUAAUGGACAAUGCUACCAUCUGUGGAGAUAUGGACACCCAUGCAGUAAUAAUAACACUUAUUUAGGAAUUAGUGAAAAUUUCCAAAUACAAUGUGAUGACUCCAAGUAUUUAGGAACAAUUGAUGAUCAGAAUCCUUCUAAAAUAUGUCCACAAAAUUCGUAUUUACAUUCGAACCAUUCUCAGUCAAACUAUCUCUGUGGGUGUAAAGAUAGCUUUAUAUUCUCAAAUGGUUCUUGUUAUGAAGCUUAUAGGCAAGGUCCUUGUCAUCUAGGAAGUUACUUAAUAUUUACUCCAGGAGAAGGUCAUCCGAAAUGUGAAACAAAUCCAUGUAAAUUAGAUGGUAUUGUUCCAUUUGAAGGUGGAUGUUAUCAAAUUAACAAAAAUGGACAUCCUUGUGCUUCAGAUUACUACAAAUUAACUGUGACCAAAGGAACAUUUGAGUUAAAAUGUAUUUCCACUUCGACAACCGAAGUCAAGAUGAUGAUAACUGCACCUGCUAAAAUUUGUCGAGUUGGAAGUCAAAGAGUUCUUUUAUUAGGAUGUAAACAUCUUUUUAAAUAAAGUUCAACUUUUCUGUAAUAUAUAA